ACAGCUACCACAGCCACCCUCACUACUCACCAGCAUCAGGGCAUGGCCAACGAGAGCGAGAGUGGGGAGAGCGUGUGGGAGGCAUGGGAGCAGGUUCUCUGCGGUAGCACUCCUUGGACGCUCGGUAUGGAGCGGGCGGCUGUGCUCGACGGCUCGUACCGAGCCUGGACAGACAACGACAAUCAGAUGCAUCUCGUUCAUCUGCCUUAUCUCAAGCCGAUGGGUGCCGACGUCGUGCUCGACGAGUCGCAGCGAAGCGAGCUGAUCGACCGCAUCGCAGCGGUGAUUCGUGCUGCAGGUGCAGAGGCCGUAUCGUCUGGACUAGUUCACCUCGGUCGGCCUAAAGGCCGCUGCAAGGGCAAGGUCUAUCUCAAGAUCGAGCCAAGCGAUGAUAGCGCCGGUGUCCUCGCCAUGUCGUGGUCAUAUAUGAGACCGCCGGGCGGGAUGAAGGCCACAUCAGCCGCGCUGUGGGAGACCAUGGAUCGAUGGCUGCCACGUGGAGCGGGCGGGAGCGACGAAGAAGUCGGCGAGCGGAACGAUGAUGACAUCGGCGAGUGCAACGACGACGAGCUCGACUUUGGACGUAUCCAGCCGAUGUCAAACGUGGCUGGAAAUCGCAACUGGGUGUAG